AUUAAAAGUCACAAAAAGUUUUCUUAGAAAUUAUAAUUGAGCUAUACUUAUAACAAUAAUUACUCGUAUUAUAUAUUUCUCUCGCAAUCCAUAAAAAAUGCGAUCAUCAUCAUCAGCAGCAGCAGCAGCUAAAAGAGAAAACAACAGAGGUUUAAACGGCCGGUUUUUGACGCUUCACAGCCGCCUUUAUAACGCUCUUCGUCUUGGUUUCAGAAAUGAAGAGGAAGGAAGCAGAUGGUAUUGUACAGAUGUCGAGACACAAAGACAUGUUGUCCGUUCGGUUGAUGCUUUUCUUGAUUGUAUAUCUAGUGAAACAUCACACCACCCUCUAGUAAAGGAAUCCGUUGCUGAUAUUGUACCGGCAUUGGGAACUACACUUCUUCAGAAAAAUGAAGCAGUGAUGAAAUUGGCUUCAAAGGUGUUUGUAAAAAUGGUCAGUGUUAUUCCUAGUUCAGUUAUUGAAUCACUUGUGCUGGAUAUAGUACAUCCUGUGUCAUCUUCUUUGUCUUCACGUCAUGUACAAGUUGUCAUUUCAUGCACAAGUGCUUUGAGUAUAAUCUUAUCGUAUCCAAGUUCUAAAAGAGAAAAAGAAGUAUGGAAAAUCUUGGAAGAAACGGAGACCGUUAGUAAUAUCAUCCACCAUAUACAAUCUGGUGGGAGUAAACCAGCGGAGUUCUUCUAUGAAACAGUUUCUCUUUUGAGUAAAAUAAUGUGGCGAUGGCCAUCUUCUAGACUUUGUAUUUGGAACGAUAGUGGAUUAAUGGAAGUAUUAAAUUCUCUCAACCACGAACGUAUUCUUUCUGUGAGAGCUGCAGUUUUGCAGUUGUAUUCAACCAUAGCUUUAUGUAGAAACGGAGCUAAGAAGCUUUUAGACAGUGAAAAUUCCCCUUUACAGUUGAUGGUGGAAUGCAUGGAUAGCUUGAACCCUGACUACCUACAAUUGGCUGGAUUUAUGUUGGCUGAAUCCUUUGGGUUGAGUGAAGAAGGUCGGGUCAAAAUGAUUGAGUUGCAUUGUGAGCCGUUGGUUAAAGCCAUCAUUAGUGGACUAAGUAACUGGAGUUUGCAUUCAGGGAAGCUUACAAAAGGCCAGAUUUCUCUGAUUAAGGGUGCUUGUUGUGUGUCCAAGAUCAUUUGCUGGCCUGGGAAGCAUCACAGUUACUUCUGGAAACUAGGAAUCGAGAGUGUUCUCCUUAAGCUACUUUUGGAUGAUUUUCAUAUCAAGCAACUCAAUGAGCAGUUCUCUUCAUCAGAGGAACUAGCAGCCAUGCUACGAGAUCGUUCAAGUGCUAACUUUCUUUCUGUGAUUAAACCUCAUGUGUGGGAUAUUCUUGGAGGGCUUGCAGCACAUUGUGCAGAAGAUUUCACCACACAGAUGCUUGGAAGCGAGCUUCACCUUAACAUCCUAAUCACAUGUGCAUGCUUAGGUUUCGUAGAUUCAUUGCGUUCAACCCAUCAGCAUUGCUCAAGUAUAUUAGACGAGUCGGUAUCUAGAGCAGUUUUAUUAAUGAUUUAUUCCCCUUCGAAGUACAUAGCAACCCAAGCCAAAUCCAUAUUGGCUGAAAUGCUAAAGCCAAAUGCCAAAGAGGAUGUCAAGUACCUAUUGAAUACCCUCAAUGCUAUAUCAUCAAGUAUCAAUAUAGUGUCUGACAAUCUUAAAAUGCUAAACCUCAUAAGCUUGGCAUGUUAUUCGGGUAUACCUCAAUAUCGUAGGUAUGUUUUGAAGAAUCAAGGGAUAGAGAUAUUGUUAUCUUUCAUACAAGUAUUGUCAAGAAACCACAUUCAUGCUGGAAGGAUGGAUUCGUCACUUCAUUAUUGUGACCAUAACAUGAAGAUGUGUUGCUAUGAGUGUGAAGAAGACUGGCAAGGUGAUGAAACAUUAUUGCUUUUUAGUUUGUUAGGGCUAGCUGAAUUGGUGCACCAUUGUGGUUCAGUGAAAGAUCGUGCUUUUGAAUCUACUGAAGCUCAAAUAAUAACUGACAUUCAGGAGGUCUGUAUUAACUCACGUGCUUCUGGAUCAAGAUGGUAUGCUGCAUAUCUUCUUAGCUAUUUUGGCUUUUAUGGAUUUCCAUCAAAACUUGGCAAAAGCAUUGGGAAUGUCCUCAGUGGUGAUGAAUAUACAAAUUUGACACUCAUUUUUGCUAACCAGGAGCAUGUAAAUGUUCAUGAUGUCAUUAUUAGAGUUCGUUGCCCAUCUCUCUUGCCUUGUAAGGAAUUACAAUCUGAAGGGAAAAAAUCUACAUAUCAAUAUAUAAGGAAAGAAGUUCGGCUAUCUGCUCAGGUGAAUCACCAGGCAUUAUUGAAGUUGUUGGAAUAUGUCUACUCGGGACAACUGAGAGCAGGAGAAGACCUUCUGAAGAGAUUAAGAACAUUGGCUAAACAUUGUAAUUUGCAGCCUCUGUUACAAAUGCUUGGUAGAAGUCGUCCCAAAUGGAGAACACGUGCUCCAAGCUUUGACCUUACCUCUGCUCUUGGUCCAACUGGCUGCCAUUUCUCGGACAUUGUUCUUCAAGCAAAGGGUAAUACAUCUCUGGAAUGGAUGUGUGAAGCUUGCUCUCUAUCACAACCACAUUUACAUGCUCAUAAAGCCAUUUUAUGUGCAAGUUGUGACCAUAUGCGUGCUUUGCUUUGUUCUGGAAUGCAGGAAAGCCAUUCGGAAACUAUAACGGUGGAUCUUGGCUGGAAAGCACUAGUUAGACUAGUUAACUGGUUUUAUUGUGGUAAACUAUUGCCAAAACCGAAGUAUGGUUGCUUAUGGCGUAAUUUAGAUGAACAAGAAAAAUUAGAUGAACUUAUUCCAUAUGUGGAGCUUUACUGCCUGUCAGAUAGUUGGCUUCUUGAAGAUAUUCACAAGGAAUGCUCAAGAGUAAUAGCAACCUGCUUAGAUUCAGUCAACAUGGCAAUUAAAUUAAUUCAAAUUGCGGCUGAUUGCUUUCAGUGGGAUCUGGUAGGAUUGGCUGCCAACUUUAUUGCACCCUCCUAUCAUCAUCUUCGUAACUCUAGAGAGCUUCUUGAACUUGAUGAAGAGCUUGUGGAGAUGGUACGUGUGGCAUCUGUUGCUAGACUCUCUCAACGAGGUAUUCAUACCUGAUUCUUUAGCCAUCUGGUCAGUGCUCAUCUCUUGUUCUGUAUAUUGUUUUAGAUGCAGGACAAGUAUUGAGUUUACAAAAUAUAGAGACACGAUACUUGUAAAUGAACAUUCUGUAGUAGUUGGUUCGCGAUAUAAAGGUUACAUGGUGCUUGUGUGCUGUGUCUGAUAUCUGUGAUUCAAAGUGAUACUAGGUCCUGACCAGGAGUGCCAUAUAGUAAUGAUUAUAUCUACAAGUAAGACAACAAAUUGUUUGGCCUCUAAUUUUGCUCCAUUAAACUCUGCUAGACUGCUACUGCUACAACAAUUUCGUAUAUGACAAGCUUCUAUGUGA